UGAGAGAGACUUCAGCGCCGAACAAUUAGCUCUCGCCACGCGUCCCAGAAUCCUCUGUGACGCACGUUGACAACACGUCAAAAAUGGCAGAUCCUGCAGCCAGCAAGGCAGAUAUCGAGGAAAUUUUCAAAAGAUUGCGCGCUAUUUCAUCGAAUAAGACAUGCUUUGACUGCAACGCAAAGAAUCCAGCAUGGUCCAGUGUAACAUAUGGAGUCUUUUUGUGCAUCGACUGUUCCGCGGUGCAUCGUGGUUUGGGUGUACAUGUGACUUUUGUCAGAUCCACCCAACUUGAUACAAAUUGGACGUGGCUGCAGCUCAGGAAUAUGCAGCUGGGUGGUAAUGCUAACGCUAGAAAAUUCUUUGCGCAACACAAUUGUACCUCAAACGACGCUCAACAGAAGUAUAAUUCACGUGCGGCUAUGUUAUACAGAGAGAAAUUAGGUCAGGUGUCAGCUCAAGCAAUGCGCCGCUAUGGCACAAAGGUUUCUCUACCUUCGCCAAAAAGUAAAACAAUGCUUCACUUAGAGGAGGGUACAGAAACGGAAGAGGCAAACGAGCUCGACUUCUUCAAACAACAUGAAAAUAUAGACUCACAUCAACCUGAAGCGAUAAUUCCGACGGAAGAAAAGGCAUUCCUCACACCUGUGUCAAAUAAUGAUAAUACGGAGAGUGGCAUACCACCGGAGGUUGCCUCUAAUUGCUUAGGGCCUUCCGUAAAACUUUCUGAUCCUACCUCGAAUGUGCAAUCCGAGAGGAAACCUACCAUAGGUCGUAGGACAGUGCAGUCCAAAAAGGCCGGUUUGGGGAAAAAAGCCGGGAGUUUAGGAGCUCAAAGAGUUAAGACGAAUUUUGACGAGCUGGAGAGGAGUAUCACGGAAAUAGGUAAACAGAUGCAAGAGAAGGAUCAAGAGGUGACGAAGGAAGAACAAAAGGAAUUGGCCACGCGUCUUGCUUACCGGUACGAGCAAAAUUUGAGUCAGCAGGCUAAGAAAGUGGAGGAGAGAGCGAAGCAGCUGGACCCGUCGAAGGCCGGACAAGCGGAACGACUUGGAAUGGGAUUUAACGUACGAAGUGGCGCGAGCCAUUCCGCACUUGGCGACAUGAAGAUAAUAACACAGGAGUCAUCGUCGAAGACUAUAACGGCCGUGGAGCCAAGGUCGAGAGACGUAGACGUCGAGCGUGAUCUUUUCGUCGGCUUGGACGAAUUUUACGCGAUGUACGCUAAUAGCACCAGCAAGUCUUCACGCGGUGAGGAUAUCGUGGUUGUGGCGGAACCGGAACCGCCUAAGCGGUUAGUAACCUCGACACGAACCGCAAAGAACGAUAUGAAAACUUCUUCACCCACCGUCGAGGGAGAAGCCCAGAAGAAAUUCGGUAGCGCGAAAGCCAUCAGCUCGGAGCAAUAUUUUCAAGACAGUGCUUCCGAUAACUCGUGGGAACGUAAGAGUAAUUUACGUCGUUUCGAGGGCUCAUCCAGCAUCUCAUCGGCCGAUUAUUUUGGCACUGAAAACUCGGCGCCAUCCUCAUCGCUGUCGAUGCGCCUCGGCGCGGGACGAGCCGGUGUCGUAGAUCUGGACGAUGUUCGAGAGAGCGUACGCCAGGGUGUAAACAAGGUUGCAGGGAGGCUCAGUUCAUUCGCAAACGCGGCAGUCUCCUCUAUACAAGAUCGUUAUGGGCUCUGAAUGAUAUCUAAUUGCAUUUUAUUAAGAUUGUUAUGACACUUAUAUCCGGACUGGUCUUGUCCAUUGUUUGAAACUGUAAAUAAAAGCUUACCCACGAUUGAG